AUGGAUAUCGUACGUCGUCGUCAUUGUCGAAAAUUAUUAAAGAAAUGCCUUCGAGUGGUUACAACUGCGUUAGUAAACGAUAUUUUAGAAUUCAUUGAUGAGAGUAAUGAAGAAAAACGAAUUUGGGUUCGAGAGUGGAUAAAAAGAAGAACAGUACUUGGUGCAUCAGAAAAUCUUCUUACUGAACUAGCUUUAGAGGAUCCAGAAGAGUACAGGCUGUGUUUAAGAAUGACAAAUGAAAAUUUUGAACAAUUAUUGAAUUUGGUAUCACCAACUAUUCAAAAACAGGACACUAUUCUUCGAGAUGCACUACCAGCGCCCAUUAAGCUACAAAUAACAUUGAAUUAUUUAGCGACUGGUAAUAGUUACCGAACCCUACAACAUUUCUUUAGAGUGUCAAUUCCCGCAAUAUCUAAAUUUUUACCAGAAGUUUGUGACGCCAUUUAUCAAGCCCUGGAACAAUAUAUUAAGAUGCCAAAAACUUAUGAAGAAUGGAAAAGCAUUGCGAAAGGCUUUGAAGAUACAUGGAAUUUUCCUAAAUGCUGCGGAGCAAUUGACGGCAAACAUGUGUUGAUAAUGGCACCUCCUAACUGUGGAAGUGAAUAUUACAACUAUAAGGGGACUAACAGUGUAGUGUUGAUGGCACUGGUUGACCAUAACUAUUGUUUUACUUAUGUAUCAAUCGGCAGCAAGGGGUCAGCAUCGGACGGUGGUAUUCUCCAAAAUUGUGAACUUGGACAACUUUUGCAAAAAGAUCUGCUUCCAUUAGGAUAUUGCGUUGUAGCCGAUGAUGCAUUUCCGUUGCGACAUUAUAUGAUGAAACCAUAUAAAUGUUACAGAACAGCUCUAACUGUACCUCAAAAAAUUUUUAAUUAUCGCUUAAGCAGAGCAAGACGUAUUGUAGAAAAUGCUUUUGGCAUUUUGGUUAGCAGAUUUCGAGUAUUUGAUAAAAAAAUAUAUUGCAAUUUAAAAACAGUGAACAAACUUGUACUAGCUGCGUGCGCUCUUCAUAACUUUCUACGAAAAUCUUCCUCUACAUACCUACCACCUGGCUCUAUUGAUGAAGAAGAUAUAUCGAGUGGUUUAAUGAGAGAAGGUCGCUGGAGAACGGAAAUAAUUGAGCUUCGAAAUUUGGAAAGUCAUAGGGAAAGAAGAGCAUCAGACUUGGCCAACAAAAUACGCGAUAAUUUGAAAAAUUAUUUUGUAAAUGAAGGAGCUGUACCUUGGCAAUAUAGGCAUAUAUACUAA